UCCAUUUCAGAUACAACAACUAUGAUAAUGGUUACGGGUGGAAAAGGUGUUGGUAAAUCUACCAUAUCCAGACUGUUAGCAAAUUUACUUCUAAGCAAAGAAAAGUCGGUAUAUAUUUUGGAUGGGGAUGUUGGACAAUCUGAAAGAAAUCCUCCUGGAUGUGUUUCAUUGUUCCAUGUCGAUGGUCCUUUACUUGGAGUACCUCAUUUACAUCAGAAGAGUUCUUUACUGACUUAUUUUUACGGAAAUAUUUCACCAGAGGAUGAUUCGGAUAGUUAUUUACUACUUUUGUUGAAGUUGAUUGAUUAUUUUAAAUCCAUCGCGCCAGCGGGUUCAGUAUUGGUUUUCAAUACUCUUGGUUGGGUUGAAGGUGAGGGGGUUUUUAAAUUCGUUUUUUAUGAGAACGCCUCGAAUUAUCCGGUAAUCUUUCAAAAGCAACAACUUUCCGUUCCUUUUAAUUUAUCGGCCGCAUCACUCCGUGAUCUUUUAAUAUUAGGGUAUAUGUCAGCUGUUUCUCCUUCUCCUUCGAUUUCUGCAUUUGCAAUGGCAAUUCCUUAUGCAGUAAAUUUUAAUUCUAUUGCUAUAAAUUUUCAUCCUCAGUUGUGUGGUGUUCCUGAUACUCAUAUUUUUGCUGUAUUGAAUUGCACUCUAAUAGCUCUUUGUAUUUCUGAUGACGAGAUUGUAAAACGAAGAUUAUUAAAUAGAGAAGAUAUGCCCUGGUUGUUGAAAUCUUCAUUAACUUUACGUUUGAUUGGUUUCGGAUUUAUCCGAGGGAUCGACAUCGAUAAACGAUUUUUCUAUGUUAUUACUCCUGUUGAUCGUUCUGAUUUAGUUAAGGUCAAUACAUUUGCACGUGGUCUGAAUAUUGAAAUGCCUCAUCAGUUUUUGGCGAAACAGUUUAUUUUUAUUUAUAAGUCUUUUUUUCAUAAUACAAGUAAUUUCAUUCAAAUAGAGAAAUUUUAUAGCGGACGGACAAGGCGCCCUAUUUAA